AUGGGUUUCUUGAGCACUUUUCUGGGACUCCUUGGUUUUGGAUUUGGAAUCCCAAUUGGUCUUUUUAUUGGGUUUUACUUCUUCGUUUACUCUAAGCCCAAAGAUUCAGAGGAUCCAGUCGUUAGGCCACUUCAAGAGCUAGAUACAACUUCAUUACAAGAUAUCAUGCCUGAGAUUCCACUAUGGGUGAAGAAUCCGGAUUAUGAUCGAGUGGACUGGGUAAACAAAUUCCUUUUGGAUAUGUGGCCUUACCUUGACGAGGCAAUUUGUGGCACAAUAAGAAGCAUGGCCCAACCUAUAUUUGCAGAGUACAUAGGGAAGUUUCAGAUAGAAUCUAUAGAGUUUGAGAAUUUAAGUCUUGGGAAUCUUCCUCCAACAAUUCAAGGUCUGAAAACAUAUGAGACAAAUGAGAAAGAACUAGUCAUGGAACCAUCAAUCAAGUGGGCUGGCAAUUCAAAUAUAGUUGUGGCAUUGAAAUUGUUGUCUCUGCGAAUUACGAUUCAGUUGGUGGAUUUACAAGUAUUUGCGGCACCAAGAAUAUCUCUGAAACCUCUUGUGUCUACCUUUCCGUGCUUUGCAAAAAUAGUUGUAUCUUUGAUGGAUAAGCCACACGUAGACUUUGGAAUGAGAGUUCUGGGUGGGGACAUCAUGUCAGUACCUGGCCUAUACCGAUUUGUUCAGGAGACUAUUAAAAAACAAGUUGCAAGUCUAUACCUCUGGCCCCAUUCUCUUGAAAUCCCUAUUCUUGAUGCUUCAACGGUGGCUGUAAAGAAGCCCGUGGGAAUAUUGCAUGUGAAAGUAGUACGGGCAAUGAAACUAUUGAAGAUGGAUUUUCUGGGACUAUCCGAUCCUUAUGUUAAGCUCAGUCUGAGUCAAGAGAGGCUACCAUCAAAGAAAACUACCAUCAAGAAGAAGACCUUGAAUCCUGAGUGGAAUGAGGAUUUUAAGCUUAUUGUGAAAGAACCUGAGUCUCAGAUGUUAAAUAUUCAUGUCUAUGACUGGGACAAGGUUUGUCCCUUAAUCUCCUAUGCUAUCAUUGAUUGA